AUGGAUCCAGAGUGUCAUUAUGUGCUGUGCGCAAAGAUACCGAACUUUCGAAAAUGGAAGAUCGCGCUUCUACGAGAGGACAAGAAACUUCAGCCCCAGUCGGCGAUUUGUGUACUCCACCAUGAAGAACAGUUCAUCGUGCGGCAUUUCACCUACGGCAUCAGCGAAAAAGUCAUCCAAUUCGGGGUAUGCCGGUGUCGAUCUGCACUCCACUGUGGGCACGGUGGCAUCGCCAAGAUGACAGUCGUUAACACCUUCGUGUUCAUUGCACAGGUAGGAAAACGCUAUCCUUUCUGUUACCGUAGCAACAACCUUUGUCUUUUUUUGCUGCCGUGCCCACGGACCUGUUUUACCUUGUUGUGUGAAAUGCGUGCACGAUUUGCUGAUUUACUCAUGCUGUGCGGAGAUAUAGAGACCAAUCCCGGUCCUGACAGGGCAGCGAUGAUGGAAAUGUUAACUAAUAUCUCGGUCGACAUUAAGGAAAUUAAGCUGAGCCAGGCUGCGACAACAUCGAGACUAGAGAAAAUAGAAUCGCGCCUCGAAGGCCUUGAAGAACUCAGGUCCGUUGUGAACAAAAACUGCGACAAGACCAACCGCCUCGAAGCCACCAUCACAUCACUCUCGAACAAAAUUGAUGAUUUAGAGAGCCGCAGCAGAAGAAACAAUCUAAUUAUUUUUGGUCUUUCUGAACUACCUAACGAAGAGAGUAGCACCCUCGAGGAUAGAGUAACUAAAGAGAUGGUUGGUGGAAAACUAAAUGUAAAGAUUAAUGGAAUCGAUCGUAUACAUCGCCUUGGGAGGCCAGCUCAUGGCAAAACCCGUCCAGUAAUAUUUCGACUCGUAAACUUUAAAGAUAAAUUGAAUAUUUUACGCAACUGCAAUAAAUUGAAAAAUGAACGACUCUCGAUUAGUGAAGACUACUCAAAGCGAAUUCAAGGCAUUAGAAAAAAAUUACUUGAUAGCUCGAAAUCAAAUAAACUUGCUGGUGAUAAUGUCACGCUUACCUAUCACAAAAUUAAGAUAAAUGGCACAGUAUACAUUUGGAAUGAGGCCAUAAACGAUAAGGUUUCCAUAUCUGAGGAAACCCGGAAUCCCAGUACGUGA